AUGAUCCCAUCCAUGGCUCACGUUAUUCGCGAUGGUCGAUUGGUUGAUGUGAAGGUUGAAGAAGUUGUAUUAGGUGACAUAGUCGAAAUAAGUGGUGGGGACAAAGUACCUGCCGACAUAAGGAUAUUUCAAGCAAGAGGUCUAAAG